CGCAAACAAGCUGUCACCUACGAGAAAACUGUGUUCUGCAAUGGUCCGAAUGAUAUUUUGCGUUUUUCUUUCCCUUUUAUUCUUUUCAGCGCUGCACGGAUUGGAAAAUGACGACCACGAUGUUGAAGUAGAACACGGACAUUCUCACGAGGAGGGACAUAAACAUCACUCUCAUGGACAUAGCCAUGAUCAUGGCCACGGCCACAGCCAUGAUCAUCACGGCCACAGUCAUGGUUCACACGGCCACAGCCAUGGUUCACACGACCACAGCCAUGAUUCCCACGGCCACGGCCACGGCCAUGAUCAUCACAGCCACAACCAUGAUCAUUAUGAAAAGCAGAAGUACAUUCAUCAUGGAACAAGCUCUUCUUCUAAGCUACCAUCCCGCGAUGGAAACUUGACAACUAAAUGGCUUCAAGCAAUUGGCGCAACUUUACUUAUCAGCGCGGCACCCUUCUUCAUCUUGUUCUUUAUUCCACUUCAAAGCAACUCGGCCGAACAACAACCGCUGUUGAAGAUCCUUCUAGCCUUCGCUUCAGGAGGCCUUCUUGGAGAUGCGUUUCUUCAUCUGAUCCCCCAUGCGAUUUCUCCGCAUUCGCACGGAAGCGGUGAUGGCCACGAGCAUUCUCACUCUCAUCAACACAGCCACGACGGUGAGCAUCAUCAUGACCACUCUUCAGAAAUGGCUGUCGGUCUCUGGGUUUUAGCUGGUUUGAUUGCCUUUUUGAUGGUCGAGAAAUUUGUUCGGCUUGUAAAGGGAGGGCAUGGCCAUUCACAUAGUGCCCCGAAAAUUGUAGCUAAAAACGGUGAUGUGUCUCCGAAGAACGGACAUGAACAUGACGAUUCCAUAUCAGGAGAGACUGAUCAAGAAAUACGGAAGAGAAAAAAGACAGACGAGGCAACAGAGAAGGACAGUAACUCAGACAGUGCGUCAGGUAUAAAGCUUCUUUAUUACAAAACCAUUUAAGAUAGAGAUCAUUGUUACCUACAUGAAGCUAAAUACAUCCAGUCACGCUUUUUAAAUUUUUAAUUUCACUUUUCCUCUUCCUCUUUUUCACCUAGUUCGUAUGCAAUAUUAUUUGACACGUAAGAGGGUCUCGUCAAAUUUUAUUCAAUUUGUACUGUGCGACUGUUUGUUUUUGAUCACUAUUAAUAGUCGGUCACGCUUUCCACCAAACGCAAAACCAAAUUACAAAAUCGAUCAUUAAAAUCUCACCAUCUCCCGUUGCCUGAACAUCGAUUUUACAGCACUUACUUCACAGCUGUACUUUCCCACAGUAUCUUUUUUUUAUUUUAACAAAAUUCAUUAAUUUUAAGUGUAUUAUUUCAGCUUUUUGAAAUUUUCGAGUGUAAAAAUCAAUAUAUCACAUAUCCUCAGUGACUUGCGAAAAUCGAUAUGCAAAUUUCAAGUUUCGUCAACGUGUCAAAGUGAAAUAAAUCCUCGUGGCUGGGUAAACACUAGGCGCUAUUGUUCGUGCUCUCAUUGAGUUUUCAGAGGCUUCAGUGUGAAUUUGCGAAUUUUAUUUAACAUUUUUUCCUCGCUGACCUUUAUUUCGAGUUUUAAACGAAAUCUUCGUUUUUUUAUAUGUAAUUUUGCUCGCUCCAAUUGGAACAGGUUUCAAAGCCUACUGAAUGUUCUGCUGUCACGGAAACUGUACUCUUUCAAUACUAUCCCUAAUUGAAAUCCAUAUUAAACAUUAUUUUUGGAAUAAAUUUAAUCAUUCAGUUUAGAAAAUUGCAAUUUAAAUUAUUACUAAAACUUUUCAUAAAUGUCUUAAUCCAAAUUAUUUGUGAACUAAUAGCACCCUGGAAGAAAGCCACAGAUAUCUAUAUCUGUGGUUAUUCUUUGAUAAUUACAAAUCAAGUUUUGGUGAUAUUUAUUUCCAUAUUCAAAUAAAGUACCUGUCUGUAAUUAACACUUUGGCUUACAAAUAUUGCUAAGUUAUCAUCAGAUUUUUUUUCCUUACCAAUAUCUUAAAUAAAUGGCUAACCCUCUCACUUCAAAGAUGUCAAUAGCAAUUCUCCUAACUGUCCGCUACGCAUUUCUUAUUAAGUGACUUUGGAAAAUUUGGUUUUGGAUCAUCUUAAAAUCCCCUAAAUUGUAUGGAGAUUGUAAGGAGAAAUUCUGUCAUGGUUACUCAUGGUAGUGUAAGGCUUAACUUGUUAACUCUCCUUACUAUAUCAAAACAUGAUUAACUUAACAGGUGGGGAGAUUCAACAAAUACUUCUGUCUAAAGAUAUAUACUAAAAACCUGAAACAGCAAAACAAAACAACUGAAACAACCAAAAUGAUAAAGUACCAUGAGACAGCCUUAACAUUUAAAUGCUUAAAUGGGAGAGAAUAUCUGAAGUGAAAUCAACAUUUUCCAUGACAUUUCAUCCUCCACUUAUCUCAAUAGUUGUAGUGUUUUUUGUUUUUUUUUUGGUCACAGCAGUUGUUUUGUUCAUUAUGGCCAUUUUGAUUGGUUGGUUGGUUGGGUGGUUUGGCUUGUUUCGUUGUGGUUAUUUUGUUUUGCUGUUUUGGGUUUUAAUUGAUACCCUGUUUUAAUUUAAAACACUACAUUUACCUAUUUUUUCACAAUGCUUAUGACCUAGGAAAGAAAUUAAUAAUCAGAUCAGAGAAAUUAUCAACUUGUUCUUUUUGCAGAACCACAUGAUCAUGAAGAGGAUAUCAAAGUGGCAGGCUACCUUAAUCUUGCCGCUGAUUUCACUCAUAACUUUACUGAUGGACUAGCCAUAGGCGCCUCUUUCCUUGUGAGCCGUAAUCUCGGCAUAAUAACCACUCUUACAAUUCUUCUUCAUGAAGUUCCUCAUGAGAUUGGUGAUUUUGCUAUCUUGGUACAAUCAGGAUGCAACAAGAGAAAGGUGAGUGCAAUAUGCAACACAGUGUUAAGGAGUUUCUUCAUUGGUACAUGUACUUUUGCCAUGACACUAUUUCCUGAUUCAUGUAUUGUCACAGGUAAAGACCUACCAUAAUUUCCGGCCGUUUACCCGCAGGUGAUCUGUUGAUUUUGAAUUAAACAUGCGCCACUGUAGGUAAUAGGGAGGUGCAGGUUAUGUGACAAUUUUAAAAUCUACUGGUAGUUGAAUUGAAAAAAAAUUCUCACCUACAUGCAUUUCCACCUCCCAAAUGAAUUUUAUUGUAUUAAGAGUGCCACAAAGCGGUAUGAAACAUGAUGCCAACUCAAGUUUAUUUCACGCACAAUUAGUUGUGUGACAAACAAAUUGUGGAUCAAUAUCAGUAUCUGGGCAACUGCCCACCUACCCCUCCCCUAAAUCAACAACAGUCAAUGGACAACAAGUUAAGGUUAAUGUUGGGUUAGGGGAGGGGUAAGUGGGCAGUUGCCCAGACUGAUAUUGAUCCCAAAUUGUUAUCAGCACAUGUGAAAACAAACCUUGAUGGUGAUAAAAAUAAUCCAAAGAUAUCUGGUGCAUCAGUAACAAAUUUCCAUUUAACACUAGCUUUCAAGAGCUAAAGAUAAUUUUCCCAUUUUAAGGGACUUGUUAGGCCCAAUAGAGCGGGAGAUAUCUAAUUUUUUCAGAAAUCGCCAACAGUACUUUAUAAUUCAAGUGUUGACAUGCACCCUGCUUUCUUUAAAAAAAUCAACACGGCGCUGAACGAUCACUCACACAAAAUGUGGCCACAAAUUUGCAUUCUGUCAAGUAUGAAACAUUGAGAUUUGGGCAUAGGCCAUUAGUGUUUCCACUGUAUAAUUUUAUCAAUGAAGUACAUGCUAAUAUUGACACAGAAUUGUGCAUGCGUCUGAAUUUCUUUGACCUCUAAACUCAACAAAGAAGCUUUCAAGUUUUCGAAAGUUAGAUCAGACAACUUUUAAAAGACUGAAAUGUAUCACCUUAAUGUCAUUUUUUUGCCACCAAAAAGUUGAAUAACAUAACGUGCGGCUUAUCCACCACUACAGGUAAUCUGUUGACUUUUUUUUCGCCGUAUGCAAUAAUCGGCCGGUGUGGGUAAUCUGCUUUGCAGGUAAACGGCCAGAAAUUACAGUACAUGUAGUUACAAGAAUUUGGUGUUAGAUCAUGACAACAACUUCUAUCUACCAGAUAGUUUUGAGCAUUCUCUCUACUGGUUUGCUGGAUAGUAAAUGGAUAUUGUUGGAAGAAGUUACAUGUCAACUUUUGGGAGUUAUAAAAUGCCUCCCAUUUGAUAUUUUCUAUUCCCUCCUUGGUUUGAUGAGGAUUUGCUGAUUUGGAAUCAUAUUAGGGGUGGCUGGGGCUUAUUACCUACCAAACUAAGUGCAAACUUCUUCAAAUGGCCCAUAAUGUCAUUUUUGAUCUAACACCCACUUCUUCCCACUAAUUUACAAGGAGAUGUGUAAAAGCUAAAGGGGAGAAUUAGCAAUCAGAUCUUGGGAGUUAAGGUGUUAACAACUAUUCACCAAAGUAAAGGUGGCUAGUGGUGGAUAUCUAAUCAGCCAUGGUAACUACAGUAUGAUAAUAUAGCAUAAAAAAUAAUUUAAACUCAUUUCUUCCUGCAACGGUUACAAUAUUUUGGGCACAAAUCCCAAGCGUAUUGCUUGGAGUUGAAUAGCAAUGGAUUUUUUGGAGUUUGAGUAGCCAAUCAGAGAGCAUUGUCAAUGCCAUCCACUGUUUUAGUAUAUAUAUUAAAACAUUAUUUAGCCAGGUGCAUACCAGAUGAAACUACGCUAUUUGUGUAAAACAUUAUUUAAACAACCAGCCACCCCUAUGACCCCAUCUACUGCCCCCUCCCCCCUCUUUAAUUGUAGUUUUGGAACAUAUAAUUAUAUGCUGACCUUAUAUUUGCAUUGAUCUUUUCAGGCAAUGUUUCUUCAACUGACGACAGCCACAGGAGCAUUGGCCGGUACGUUCUGUGGCUUGCUAGCAGAAAACAUAGGUGAAUCGGCAACACUGUGGAUCCUGCCCUUUACAGCUGGUGGUUUUAUUUACAUCGCAACAGUGUCUGUUAUUCCUGAAUUGCUAGAAGACACUAAAUUAGGACAAUCCAUCAAAGAAAUUCUGGGGAUGUUGGUGGGAGUUUUAAUGAUGGUGCUUAUUGCUAAAUUUGAGUAAUUCUUUAUAGAAUAUUUUAAGUUCUCAUAAGAGAUUAAAGAUAAAUCCAUUACUGCAAGUCUUCUUUAAAGUAAGUUGAGAUGGUGCCUUUGGAGUUUAAGUAUAUGAUUGCUGACUUACAGAACACAAAAUAGUUCAAUCUGACGUCAGCAAAUAUAAAUUAAGUAGUAAAUAUUUACUAUCUAAUGGUUUAAAUUCACCCCCUGAAAAGUGACAGUUUUUUUUUAUUCUUUUUUUUUUUUUUAACUCAGAAAAUAAUUUCAAAGGGUUUUACUGUUUGCAAUGUGGGUAGAAUAUUUGUGUGCAGAAAAGACCUAAUUUUUUGCAUUUUUCAGUUGAAGAGAGGUGAGCACAAAGUGUCAGCCACCUGAAUAACACAAAAAAAAUUACACCUGUUCUGUGGGCUAGUAAAACUGUGGCAUCAAACAUUGGCCCAGUAUGGGCUUCCAAUUGAUUCCAAAGAUCUAAAGGACUUUGGAAAAUUCUGAAAUGUCAUAAGAUUAGUGCAAGAAAAGAAAAAUUGAAUUUAAGACUAAUUCCAUUUUUUCAGGUGACAGCAUCAAUCACGUUUUUAAAAAUUAUUCCAAUUCCAAAUCAUUUUCCUCAUGUGAUGAAGUCCCUUUAGCUUGGUUCUCUAGUGGGCUGCAAAAGUGUUUAGGAUUUUUGAUGCAAGCUUUAAAACAGUUUAAUUCACUAAUGUCUCAUGCUGUUUGAAGAAAGAAAUAAUUUGAAGUUCAGAAUAACUAAGUUUGACAACAAGUCUCCUCCAUGCCAGAGUUUCAUGAAUUUCUUUCAAUAACUGCUUAAAUUGCCCAUUUCUGGAGGGCAAAUCCAUUUAGUACCAGAAUUUAAGGUUGACACGUUGAAAAUAUGAAUUUAUGUUGUUUUGCACUAAAUAUGUUUCAAUUCAAAUACUUUAUUUUAUGUGCCUUUUAUUUUUACAACUCUUGUCAAUAGUGUUGGUUAUUGUGAGGUUUAGUACUUGAAUUAAAGGGACCC